AUGUUUCCUGGGAUGGGACCACGCCGCUUCCCAGCGACAGUGCAGGGAGCGAAGCGCGGACCUUUCAACCAGAGCUUUAUUAAUUCUCACGCGAGGGCCCUGGAAGGCGAUGGAGGUGGCGGCAAACUGCUCCCUGCGGGUGAAGAGACCUCUGCUGGAUCCCCGCUUCGAGGGUUACAAGCUCUCUCUCGAGCCGCUGCCUUGUUACCAGCUGGAACUUGACGCAGCUGUGGCAGAAGUAAAACUUCGAGAUGAUCAGUAUACACUGGAACACAUGCAUGCUUUUGGAAUGUAUAAUUACCUGCACUGUGACUCCUGGUAUCAAGACAGUGUCUACUACAUUGAUAACCUUGGAAGAGUUAUGAACUUAACAGUGAUGCUGGACAGUGCCUUAGGAAAACCACGAGAGGUGUUCCGACUUCCCACAGACUUGACAGCCUGUGAUAACCGCCUCUGUGCAUCUGUCCAUUUCUCAUCGUCUACCUGGGUGACCUUGUCAGAUGGAACUGGAAGAUUGUAUGUCAUUGGAACAGGUGAACGCGGAAAUAGUGCUUCUGAAAGAUGGGAGAUUAUAUUUAAUGAAGAGCUUGGGAGUCCUUUUAUCAUAAUUCAUAGCAUUUCAUUGUUGAAAGCUGAAGAACAUUCAGUAGCUACCUUACUUCUUCGAAUAGAGAAAGAGGAAUUGGAUCUGAAAGGAAGUGGUUUUUAUGUUUCUUUGGAGUGGGUCACUAUCAGUAAGAAAAAUAAAGAUCAAAAAUAUGAAAUUACUAAGCGUGAUAUUCUCCGUGGGAAGUCAGUACCACAUUAUGCUGCUAUUGAGCCAGAUGGAAGUGGUCUAAUGAUUGUCUCCUAUAAGGCUUUCAAAUUUGUUCAGGUUGGUCAAGCUCUUGAAGAAAAUAUGGAUGAAGACAUGUCAGAGAAAAUCAAAGUAGAGCCUCUGUAUUACUGGCAACAGACCGAAGAUGACUUGACAGUAACAAUACAGCUUCCAGAAAACAGUACUAAGGAGGACAUUCAAGUACAGUUUUUGCCUGAUCACAUCAACAUUGUGCUGAGGGAUCACCGAAUUUUAGAAGGAACACUCUAUUCGUCCAUUGAUCAUGAAAGCAGUACAUGGAUAAUUAAGGAGAAUGAUAGCUUGGAGAUUUCCUUGAUGAAGAAGAAUGAAGGACUCACAUGGCCAGAGCUAAUAGUUGGUGAUAAACAAGGGGAACUGAUAAGAGACUCAGCCCAGUGUGCUGCAAUAGCUGAACGUUUGAUGCAUUUGACCUCUGAAGAACUGAAUCCAAAUCCAGAUAAAGAAAAACCUCCUUGUAAUGCUCAAGAGUUAGAGGAAUGUGACAUUUUCUUUGAAGAGAGCUCCAGUUUAUGCAGAUUUGAUGGCAAUACAUUAAAAACUACUCAUGUGGUGAAUCUUGGAAGCAACCAGUAUCUUUUCUCUGUCAUACUGGAUCCUAAAGAAAUGCCCUGCUUCUGUUUGCGCCAUGAUGUCGACGCCCUUCUCUGGCAGCCUCACUCCAGCAAACAAGAGGAUAUGUGGGAGCACGUUGCAACUUUCAAUGCUUUAGGCUAUGUCCAAGCAUCAAAGAGAGACAAAAAAUUUUUCGCCUGUGCUCCAAAUUACUCGUAUGCUGCCCUUUGUGAGUGCCUUCGUCGAGUAUUUAUCUAUCGUCAGCCUGUUCCUAUGUCUACUGUACUUUACAACAGAAAGGAAGGCAGGCAAGUGGGGCAGGUUGCUAAGCAGCAGGUAGCAAGCCUAGAAACCAAUGAUCCUAUUUUAGGCUUUCAGGCAACAAACGAGAGAUUAUUUGUUCUCACUACCAAAAACCUCUUUCUAAUAAAAGUAAAUACAGAGAAUUAAUUAUUACAACAAAUUGGCUUCUCCUUGGUGGAAAAGUAUUCAGUGGUAGCUGGAGGUCUAGGCAGUUGUACUGUAACCUGUAAUGUGUUAAGUAAAAAAUACCUUAUAUGAACUUUUUAUUUUUUAAAGAAUAUUGGAAAUGUAUUCAAAAGAUUAUGAUUCUGUGAAAACUAUGGAAUGAAGCUACAGAUUUAAAGAACAUUGAUCUCUGUAAAAAUGUAAAGAUAAUAUUAGUAAGUACAAUUAUUUUUUAAGGCUAGAAUCUCUUCUUUUAUAUGGAAGAUGUACAAUUCAGUGUUUAAAAAUAAAAAAUAUUUAUCAUGU